AAAGGGGCUGUUUACUGAACGGAAGGAAUAUAGGCCGAAUCCCAAGGCUAGAAUUCUCCAUUGCAAUUUACAAUGGCAUUCUCAACGAACCCCCUGGCUCUAAGCGUCCCGGACAAUGCCUUCGAGUCAUGGCUACGCGACUCCGGCUACCUCGAAAUCCUUGACCAACGCUCCUUCUCCACCACAACCAACACCACUACCGCUUCCGCCACCUCUAGCACCCCCAUCACCACCACAAUUACUGGUGGCAUUUUCGUUUCUUUGUUUUCCCAUAUCCUUGCGCUUCUCUCUCUCUUUACUAUUAACCCUCUCUCUAAGCUCACCACCGAUGAUUUCUCGGGACAAACCCCCUCCUGGACCCGCGCCUUUUUCGGUGACUGUGGGUCUUACUCCUUCCCUUCGGGUUCGGACCAGACUAGGCUCCGGGUUCAAGAGAACCUCAAGCGUUAUGCUAGAAACUACGCCUCCCUAUUUAUUCUCUUCUUUGCUUGUACUCUGUAUCAAAUGCCACUUGCUCUCAUUGGAUUGAUAUCAAGUUUGGCGCUUUGGGAUAUUUUCAAGUUCUGCAGUGAUAGGUGGGAAUGGGAUCAAUACUCUGUAAUUCGGCAGGUUUUUGUUCGCACUGCUCAAUGCGCAACUGCAGUUAUUCUUAUUUGUUUAAAUGUUCAAAUGGCUCUUUUCUGUGCUCUUGGUGUCAGUUAUGCAGUAAUGAUUUUGCAUGCCGCAUUUCGGAAGCUGACUCCUACAAAAAGAACAUAAAAUGGUAAGUUUUUGCAAAAUAGGCGGAGAGAGAUGAUGAACAAUUUGGCAUUAAUUUGGGAUUUUUCAGCAACUGAUCAAACAGGUUCUGUAUACUCUGAGUCUCAGUCUCUGGCAUCAAAGAUGUGUUUAUCUUGUAGAUGGCAGUGACCAGUAAAGCACAAGGGGGAUCAAUAUAUUGUAGUUCCAAGGCCACUUGUAGUAUAAUGCUACAUUGUGGACUUUUUUUUUGUUCAUUUAUAUAGUCUCAGCUUCUGGGGGAAAACCUUGAUAGCCUUGUAAGAAUGCUUUCUUGCACUACUACUGCAGUGACUUAACAAAUCAUAACAAAAUUGAAAUUCUGAUUCUAUAGAAGAAUUCUGCUCUCUUGGUUA